AUGCAGAACACAUCUGGAGUCGUUUUGGUGUCCUACUCAGCAUUCAAAAGUAAUCCUCCAAACGAAUUUAAAGUGAACAAAGAAGGCUCUGAUAGCAUACGUCUUCCCAAUAGCUCUCUCGUCACGAUCAUAAGCGACAAGGAAGAAUUCACCAACACAGCAAAGACUAACAUAGUGAAGACAAUAGGUGAUCUGGAAGCUUUUCGCAGUCAAAUCCUCAACCGCCCCCUCUUACUGCUAGUUACUUGUGGAAAACACGUUCCACACGGGCAAAGGUACGCAACGCAGAUCUUACAUUCUUAGCUUUUUUUACAAUGGAUCAAUUCAACGUCGGCGCUUACUUCGGUACAAUUGUGUCGGAAAUAUUUCAUGACGAAUCAUAACUUGGAAAUUGCAAACAAAGUUUUCAUCAAAGUCCAGUGCUAAGACUAGCUUAGCCAGGGAAAAUUCCCAGAAAUAAUGAUUAGGUUAUUCUCUAUGGACUAACUAUACUCUGUCUGGGAAACAAUACGUUGAUUAGGAAAUAGAAACUUCACAGUGUCAGCUAGAACACGGUGUUAGCUAGAUCGUGUCACCUCGAUGAACCACCAAAUUCUCUUAACUUAUUUUCAAGGAAAUGCGAAGCAGUCUGUAGAGGGGAUAACUAAUCAGAUCUUUGGAAUGACAAGUUAGUAGUAGUAGUUUGUGUUCGGAGUUUAUUAUCUCCACUUUGCCGCGCAGAUCGCCUUCAAAACUGCCAGCGACACUGACAGUCUGCAAACAAUCCAAGAGAGGGAGAAUUGUCUCGUUUACUGCAACUUGCAGAUCUGACUUAAAGGAAAAAAAGAAACACAAAUUCUGCCGGCAGUCCUCAGAUAUUGAAAAAUCUUACUUCAAAGCGGAAAUGCGAUUUAGAACCUUGUAAGUCAAUCUUAUCGGAGCUUCAUCUGUCGUUUUAGUUUCAAAAGAAAGAGGUUUCCUUCAAUUCUCAUUUUACCCAUCAGUGUACUUUUACGAUCCAGGUUGAACAACAGGGGAGAGUACCUCAGUUAUCGAGACCCCGAGUGGUGGAUACAGUCGAACAACACACCCUGGCGGAAUCCGUAUGCCCGAUGGGGGAACGAAAACGGCACAUCCCUGUACGAAGAGCGAUAUAUUCGACCGGAGUUUGUUGUCAGCGUGGAUACAUCUAAUCCCAACAUUAGGCGUUUGUUAGAGGAUGGGCUAGACAUGGCUGAAGACAUGAUACGAGAAAAAGCUAGUUUUGCCAUAGAGGUUAGGUAAAGAAUUGAUGUAUUUUCCUUAAAUGUAAAUAUAUGUUAUCUUUAUGAGGGUUUUUUGGAUCAAUAUCAGUAUCUGGGCAACUGCCCACCUACCCCUCCCCUAACCUAACAACAGUCAAUUGAUAACAAGUUAGAGUUAAUGUUGGGUUAGGGGAGGGGUAGGUGGGCAGUUGCCCAGAUACUGAUAUUGAUCCGUUUUUUUUUUUCGGUGAAUAUCGUAAAUCCCUUUCACUUCUCUUUUUCAGUUCUAGAUGUCCUUGAAGAACAAAGGGCUCACAAAUAUUAUUCAUUUACAGAGCGGUCAUUAUUUAUCGCCUGGGGGGGGGGGGUGGGGGAAGGGGAAGGGGGAGGGGGGGCAGAGGAUUUUGAUUGUGCCUCAAUAACAAAAUUUCCUGAUCCGUCAAAAGGCUCUCUACAAGAUGUUAUAAACUGUUUUUAUUCUUUUGGCUCUGUAGUAUUCUAAUGCUCUUUCCCUCCCCCCCUCCCCUCCCCCCACCUCAUUCAUUCACAAUUUUCACGAUCCUUUUUCCCACGGAAGUUAUAUAUAAGUAACAGCACUGAAAAUUGUGCAGAUAAUUGCCCUGAAUCAAGAGAAAAUAAUGUCCAUUAUUAUCUCUUGCCUUAAUGUAAAAAUCCGAAAUUGAAAUAGAAAACGUUUGACACUAAGCAUAACAGUGGGUUCCUGAUAUACCUGUGCGACUUCUGAGCUUUUUCAAAUGAAAUGUUAGCUUUUUAAAAAUCCAUCUUUUAAUAUUCUACCAAAACAAUAUCUAGAUAAUGGACCCAAUCAGAAAACCGUGGCCAAGGUAGCCAGACUCCCAAAGAAAAGAGGAGGGGGGAGGGGAUGGGUCAAUGUGAUAAAAGCAACAUUUUUUUUAUUGUUCUCCACUUCAUACUCCGUUGGCGACGACUAACACCCUUCCGUUACUGCUAGUUUUCGUCAAGUGGUGUAGUCAACAGAGUGACUACAUCGCGAGACAAACGAAAAAAGUUCAUUUCUAACGUAUUAAUAACGAUGAAUAAUUAACCAAGACAUUUUCCAAUUGAACUCCUUUUCUCGACAGUUUGAUUUUAACCCCAUGAUUCUCCGCUGGUGGAAGACGCAAGGCAUUAAACGUUACGACUCGUUAGAAUGUCUCGAAAUGACAGCAGCUGCUGGAGCAAAUUUUGUGAUAACAAACUGUUCUGCUAUCAAUCAUUUCUUCGACUGUCAUCCAGCCUGGUGCGCUUGUUGGCCUUGCUACCUUUUGUUGGCAGUUCCGUACAAGUUAUGGCGUAACGCAGUUCAAGGAAUUCAUGACACUUCUGUCACAAUGAAAGGAAAUGCCGUCUCCUCGAGUCCAGGCCACUCCAACUACAGCUUGAUCGAUCUUCACCAGUUCCCCGUGAACAGUAAUCAGCCGGGCGCUGGAGUAGGAGGCAUGACAUCGAGUCUUGUACCCGGGAUGGCUCAUGGGAUUGCUUCUCACUCUUUCUUUCCUCCUCCCUCCUUACAUGGAACGCUGGGAAAUCCCCGGUUUAAGACAAACUAG